UUUCUCUUGAUAAAAAAACAUUGAUACAAGCACAUAGAUAUGUGCUUUUCAACAACAAUAAUGUGGACCCCUUUCAAAGAGAACACAUUGAUCUUAUCAAGAGACAAAAUCGAAAUCGUCGGCUCUCACCAUAUGAACUCGACAGAAUUCAUUGUCAAACAUUUUCUGAUUGGUUUCGUGAACGAGUCGCACGAUUGGAAGAGCAAGGAAGUGUUAUUGUCACAGAUGAAAUCAAAUGGUUAGCACGUGGUCCACUAGAAAUAGUGAGAAACUAUAGUGGUUAUAUUGUUAAUGGGGUUAGAUUCCAUACAAAGAAGCGUGAAAGGUGCUUAAAGACUCAAAACAGUGGGAUUUGUGUUACUGUUAAGACAAGAAGUUAUGCUAGUUCAAGAGACAAACACCCUAAAGAAGGAGAAAUAAACUACUAUGGUGCAUUGACAGAUAUAGUUCAGUUGGAUUAUGCAGGGAAAUAUAAAGUUGUACUUUUCAAGUGUGAUUGGGUUGACAUAAAUAGGGGUUGCAGCAUUGAUAAUUUGGGCUUGCCAUUAGUAAAUUUUAAUUAUUUGCAACAUACAGGCAAUGAUAUAUGUGAUGACCCAUUUAUUUUUGCUUCUCAAGCCAAAAAAGUAUUCUAUGUGGAGAAUAAGAGACAAAAGGAUUGGUUUGUCGUUGUGCACGCUAAGGUUAGAGAUGUAUAUGAUUUGGGUGAUCUUCAAUCCAAUGCUAUAGAUAAUGGAAAUGAACAAGUCUUGGAAGAAAUAAAUGAUAAUGACUUGAUUAGACCAGAAGCUGAUGAUAGUGAUGAUAUCAUUGAAGUUCAAAUUAAUAUGGAGGACAUUCCCCGAAGUGACAUCCCCCAAAAUGAUGAGGAUUGUGAUACAGGGGAUGAUAGUGAGGAAGACUAUGUUUGUUUUCCUGUUAUUAAUGAUGGUUUUACUGAUUUUGUUUAAGGUGUGUAUUGCUAGUUUUAGAUCAUUGUAUUUCAAUUGAAGAGGUAAUUAUUGUUUUACAUACUCUUAUUUUGAAUUUUCAGCAACUAAUUCUUAUUUUACAUUCUCAGCAACUAAACUGAUUGUUUGAUCUUUUAGUUAAAGCAAGUACCAUGGGCAGACGGAGAAAGUUGAAGGUUGUUCAAACUGAUGGCCCAUCACUAGAAAAAGAGCAAUCAGUUGAUAGUUCUAAUGAAGUCAACAAAGAGGGAAGUCAUAGUGAGACCCAUUGUGAAAAGAAGACUAGAGGUUAUACACAUAUGUUAGAUGUAUGGGACAUGCCUGAUGGAGAAUUUAUACUUAUUGAAGUGGAUAGUUUGGGUAAUCCCAUGGGUUGGGAAGGGAAGACUCUACUGAAUGCAAUAGGGAGCUUGGUAAGGAGACACCAAUGUGCUCCUAUCAACCAUAUUUCUUGGAAAGACAUGCUUGAGACUGAUAUUACCAACAUGUUUGAUUUAAUUAAGAGUAAGUUCCGAUUUGUUCCUGAAUUGACCGAGCAAACAACACAAAUACUAAAGGAUAACAUGAGCAGUAAGUGGAGACAAUUUAAGCAUGAUUUGAAAUCAAAAGGGUAUGAUGAAAGCAAAACUGAAGAGGAAAUGGCUUCUAUCAUCCCUGACACAAGAGUUGAUCCGUCCCAAUAUCGUGCUUUAGUGCACCAUUGGUGUUCCAAGGAAGGGAAGAAAAUAAGUCAAAUCAACAAAAGGAAUCGCUCAAAAUAUGAGGAUUUACAUUGCAUGGGAACCAAGAAUCUUCCGAGGCUAAUUCAUGAGAUGACAACGAAGGCUAUAGGAGUGCAACCUUCUCGAGCUGAAAUUUAUAUUGAAACCCGAACUCGAAAAGACGGGAGCAUUGUGACUGAAAAGGCAGCUUCAACAAUUGAGGAGUUAAAGAAGCAUAUGGCAGAGGUAGAAAAUUCAGAAAAUUUUCAAGUCACUGAAGAUUCUACAAAUUGGAUGAAUGAUACAUACUCAAAAGUGAAAGGGCCUGAAAGAAGAGGACGUGUGCGUUGUCUUGGCAAACUUCCACGACAUGCUAGUUCAAAUAUUUCAUCUCAACGCACUAAUUCAGAAGAUAGACUUCAAAAAGUAGAAAGUGUACUUGGAAAUCUUGUUGCUGUGCUUCAAAUGCGAUUUUCUGAUGAUCCACAAAUUAAUGCUGUCUUACAGGCUGUAGCUCAAGAGGUACCUGAUGUUGCAAGUGCUCCAAAUGGUUCUAUUGGUAAUAAUCAACAAACUACAAGUGGCACUGGUUCACUGCACUUUUAAGGUAUUAUCUUUCAAUGAGGGCAAAUGUGCGUUCACUAAUUAUAUGCUAGCUGCAACUUUUUUCCUUCUUCUUUGUCAUGAAUUAAAACUUACGUGACUGCGAGUUUGGUAAAGAUGUCUGUGCAAGAUAAGUUUAUCACUUGGCAGAUGACUUUGUGUGUUUGCACAUGCGCACAUGCACGGACGUAACGUGCAUGUUGAAUUUGGCAACUUAUUGCAUGACAACGUAUCCAUCUCUCUAACUGUUAAUUGUUUUUGGUCUUAUUUUAAGGUGCAUUGAUGGAGAAGAGGAAGAUGAUCUGGUUUUGGCGGAACAUGAUGUGAAGAAAAGUAUAUGAUUGUUCUUGAUAGGGUAGAACCAUAUAAAAACUGUGUCUGUCAGUUUCUGCAUCUUAUAAGUAGUAAAACUCAUUUUGUGUAAUUUGGUGUUGUCUUUAGUUAUAUGAUUUGUCCACAUUGGUGAAUAAUACCUUGAGAAUAUAUUCUGGUGUUGUUUUUAGUUUA